AUGCCUGUACAACAGGGCAUUUCAAUGUAUUUUGCAGUGGCGAGGAUUUCUAAGGCGUCAGGGGGAGUGGUGACGAUGGAGGAUAGUGCGGUGAUGCCGGGGAAGCGGGUUGACGUAGCAAUGCAACAACCGAUGGCCGGGGAGGCUCACGCUCUGGAGAUCAGCGUCGCGGACCCUGUAUCGCUGUCUCCAUCCCUGCUAGGGCAGUGCGGGCAUUCCAUAGGUGUGGCGGCAAGGGAGUGGGAGCGUCGCAAAGCGAGUGAUUACGCGCCUUUGCUUGCACGCAACCGGGGCAUGCAGUUUACCCCUUUGAUAGUAGAGACGUGGGGGUGUCUCUGCGGUCGCUUCCGGCGGUGGCUUCGACAGCAGGGGGAUGCGCACGUGGGGCUAGCUGUGUCAUGGGGGGUUUGUCGGGAGGAUGACACAUCGUUUUCGGCUUACCUUUUGGGGUCUCUGAAGGCGCUCAUCGGGGUGGCGUUGCAACGGGCGCAAGCUCGUGUGAUCCUGCUUCGGGCGGCGUCUUCCAUGAAGGGGAUGAAUGUGGAUUUGGUGGAUCGGGAAAAGGACGACAUCGAGGUGGAGAGCGGGGCUCUUUGGGUGGUGGCCCCGUACAUGGUGGAUGCGCGGAUGUGA